AUGACUCGGGAACUGGCGGGCUGCAAGGUCGACAUCGCCGCACUCAGCGAGGCCCGACUCUCCGAACAAGGCCAACUGGAGGAGGUGGGUGCCGGCUAACCUUCUUCUGGAGCGGUCGACCCAGGGCAGAGGGACGGGACGCGGAUGUCGCCUUCGCCAUCCGGAACGACAUCGUGGGACGACUGCUCUGCUUGUUGCAGGGCAUCAACGAUCGCCUGAUGAGCCUCCGUCUGACACUCUGGGAAGGCAAUUUCGCCACCACCAUCAACGCCUACGCUCCGCCGAUGAGCAGUCCCGACGCCGCCGCCGCUGCCGCUGCCGCAAGAGACAAAUUCUACGUGGACCUGCACGCUCUCUUGGUAACUGUGUCGAAGGCGGGCAAGUUUAUUGUCCUUGGUGGCUUCAACGUCCGCGUCAGCACAGACCAUGCUGCCUGAAGAGGAGUGCUGGGUCCCCAUGGUCUCUGCAGUUCAAAUGAAAAUGGGCUGCUGCUUCUCCGCACCUACGCCGAACACCGCACCAUUCUAACGAACACCUUCUUCUGUCUGCCGGAGCGAGAGAAGGCCACCUGGAGGCAUCCUCGGUCGCGUCAGUGGCACCUGCUGGACUAUGUCCUCGACCGGAGGCGAGAUCAGCGGGGCGUGCUGAUGCCAACAGCGAUCGCGAGCGCUGACGGGUGGACCAACCAUCGUCUCGUCAUCUCGAAGAUGAGUAUUCGCCUACAGCCUCGCAGGAGACCUCAAGGUAAGCGACCCCCUGGUAACCUGAAUGUUGCCUUACUUUCUUUGCCCGCUCACCAUCUCUAUUUCAGCAAUGAGCUAGCUCAAAGGCUAGACAAGCUUCCUAUCGCUGCCGCCGCCGACGCCGCCGCUGCCGAAAACGCCUCCGUGGAGAACCGACGGUGCCAACUAAGAGACACGGUCCAGACGACGGCGCUGGCCGACCUCGGUCUCGCACGCCGCCAACACCAGGACUGGUUCAACGACAACGACGCCGUCAUCAGCAAUCUGCAGGCUGAGAAGAACCGCCUACACAACGCCUACGUAGACCACCCCAUUGACGAAAACAGAGCUGCUUUUUACCGCAGUCGCCGCCACCUUCAGCAAUGA